AAUUUAGUCACACAAGUAACCUGUGAUUGGUUCAACUAUCUGAGCUAAUACGAGUAUGGCUAGUUACUCUUACAAGGAAAGACAUUUCAACUACGAACGAGGGAUUGCACAUUUGUGCGUUGAGAGGUUCAUGGUCGUCUUAUAUGACGACAUUCUGCCGUUGUACGAAAGACUCAGCCAGGAAUCACGUGAACAGAUCACGUCCCUUACGAUAGAGUUUUUACGAAGUCUACAAUUCGCUCUGGAGAAUCAGAAAAAAGAAGUAUCAGAUAACAGGCUGCUUCACGAUGCUUUACAGAAAUUUGAAUCACAUUUAGACAAUUUGACAGACGAACAGCGAAACUUCCCGAGACAUCCAUAUUUACUGAUGCUAGAGAUGAUCGGUUUGUUACAUGGGUUUUCUGACUGUGAUGAGAUUGUUCUGUCAAGACUACUAUACUAUCACGAGAAACUUAAGCCGUGCGAACCAGGACAGCGUGACAGCAACAAUAUUCUCGAAUCAACCACCAUUUGCCAAGCAAAGAUAGACGUUCAUAAAAUUGUCUCAUGGGGUGGCAGUGUUCCCUGUAAGGGUCUAAAAAAGCCAUAUAUCGAUGCAAUGCUGACACGUGGUGUAUUUCAUCCGGACAUUACAAAGGACAAUAGAGGACGAAGGAUAUCUUAAAGUGAAACUUGAUUCAACUUGGAAAAUUCGUUCUACGGCCUAUCAGUUAAAAUCUGUGUUGGAUAAUACACGACUAAAACAUGGCAAAUUUCCUGGCGUGCU